AUGAGUUCUAUUCAAAACAUCUCUAGCUCGGCGGGUGAGGUUGAAUCUAGCGAUAGGGGGAGGAGAAAGAAGAGAGAUGACAAUGAGUAUGAGGAUGGACAUUACAGUCAGAGCCACGACUCUCGGCAUGGCUCCAAUAAAAAAGAAAGAAGCAGGCAUCAUGGCAAGGACAAUGACCGAGUAAGCAGACAAGACAAACAUAAAUCCAAAAGCGAAAACAGGAGUAGAGAGCGAAACAGGAGCAGAGAGUUAGAUGCUGACCAUGCCAAUGACGACGAGAGCCGUGGUGCAAAGAGUUUGGACAAAUCCAGUGUAGAUUGCGACGAGAGUCGUCAAAAUAAAAACCAUUCUAGCCCCUCCCGAAAGAGCAAGAGUAAAUCUAGUCGCAAGAGCCGUAGUAAAUCUCGAGAUUCUUACUCCAGCACUGAUUCGGGAUCUGAGUCGUCUGCUUCUUCACGUUCCACUAGCCACUCAUAUCGUGAGCAACGCAAGAGCCGAAAGAAUCAUAAAAAGGACAAACAUCACAAAAAAUCUUCAAAAUCAAAGAGUAAAAAGAAAAGAUCUCGUUCAUUGUCGCCUUCAAGCAACGAGAGUGAGCCUGAGCGGCGCAGUGUGAUUACAGGGAAAAAGAUCAAACUCAAGGUCAAAAAGACAACCAAUGACAAAGUUAGAGAUCUGAAUAGGCUUGAUUUAUUGCAUCAUCUCAAUCAAAUGUAUGACUGA